CCUUCCCUAAAAAUGACUGCUCUAAAACUGAAAAAUGUACACUGAAGAGUUCCAGAAACGUUUCAUCUGUGGACAAAUGUUAAAUUUAUAAAUUCAUCCCUAAUUUUGCACUUUUGAACUUCAGAUAUUUUCAAAUUCAAUCUUUCAUUUGAGUUUAUUUAAAGAGUGACAUUUUGAUCAAAUAAUUGGGACGACCUAAUAAGGAUGAGACGAAAUGCUAGAUUUCAGUUUACUUUCAACUAACUUAUAGUAUUGAAUAUGAUGUUUGAAUUGAACAAGCAUGAGUUUUAUGGGUUAAUUCUAGGCUUCAGUCUCUAUGUUUUCCAAGGCAUAAAUUACUCCCAAUUAGCACCCUAUUUUCCAAAUGAUGCGCAAAACGACAAAGGUGUUUCGACAACUGUGAUUGGUCUAAUCACAGGCGCCUUCGACAUAUCCGACAUGUUUGCAGCCUUCCUAUUGGCUAGUUUUAUGUCUGCCGAAACUCAGAAAUUAUUUUUCUGCUAUGGUGCUUUUAUCUCAGCUGUUUGCAGUAUACUGUUCGGAUGUAUGGAGCACAGUGUCGGCGGGUCUCCUUACAUCAUAGUUUGUUUCUUCAUCAGAUUCGUCAUGGGCAUCGGUGCUUCCAUGGUAUGGUCCACAGGUGUGUUAAUCAUGGUCCCUUUGGUGCCUGAAUAUUCAGAAGCGAUAACAACUUGGACUGAGAGCUGCAUUGGACUCGGAAUAGCUUUUGGGCCUCCCGUUGGGUCCUUUCUAUAUACUUUCGGUGGCUUCUUAACUCCAUUUUUAUCUUUGGGGAUUAUUCAACUUUUACUCACAAUAACUUGCAUAUUCUACAUUCCAAACCCAAUUAAAAACAAACACAAGAAAAACCUGAACCUGAGUUUGAACAAGAAAAGUAUUUCCGAAAAAGACCCUGGGCUGAACUUUUUCUAUUACAUAACCAGGCCCUACGUUCUCUGUGCAAGCAUUCCUUUAUUCAUGCAAUCCAUGAGCUUCGGCUUUUUUGAAGUGGCCGUUGGCCCUUAUCUGGAAGACUACUUUUCUAUCGGAGGCAGUUUUUCCGGCUACUAUUUCUUACCUUUCGCUAUUACCUAUGCUUUGGCUAUACUUACUUUGGCUCCGUUAAUUGAGCGUGGUUACGCUGGAUACAUUUAUUUGACUAGUAUUUUUAUAUCCGCUUUGAGCUUCACUAUGCUCUGGACGCCAGAUACUUUCCCACUCGUGCAACACAAACACUGGCUCACUUUUUGGCUUGCAGCUCAGGGUCUAGCCAUCUCUGGAUCCUUUGUGCCUGCCUCAAUCAUUUUCGAGAUGUUGGCUUUCGAUAUUGGUUUUAAGGACAACCAGAACGUGAAACUAGUGGCGACCUCGUGGCUCAACGCGUGUUUCGCAAUCGGUCGCAAGUUCGGGCCUCUAGUGACCGGUGGCUUUUUUCUGGAUCUCUAUGGCUUCUACAAUAGCUGCCUCCUUCAAGCGGGAAUCGUGAUUGUAACCUUCAUGUUUGCGUGGUUUGUGAGCUGGAAAAAGAACUUGCUAGUAUUGAGAAGGUACUCGAUCGGAAAACACCCCGAGUAUGAAUUAGCCAGCAGUCGGUUUGUUGAAAGCGAAAACAUAAUGGAAAAAUUUAUGCUCAAUCCUGGACCACGAUCUCAGUUUACAACCAGUAUUGGGUUUUGAAA